AUGCUGGACAACAGACCGCAAGAUGCCAUGGACAGGCUCUCGGCAGGUUACGAACACGACGAUGAUUACCACGAAGCUAUAUUCAAAGGCACAGGAAGAUGGUUCUUCGACGACCCGUGUGUGAAGCACUGGCGCGACACAGACCAAUCUAGCAUUCUGUGGUUGACUUCUAGUCCUGGACAAGGCAAAUCCAGUCUGGCGAAAACACUAGCCACUCAAAGCCAUGAUUGGUGGGAAGAAAGAAGCUUAUCUUCCGAGACCGAUACGAUUGCUACAAUUGUUAGCUAUUACUUCUUCCGUGAAGGUCAUGCCCGGCGAAUGACUGCUGCAAGCACAGUCUCUGCUCUACUACAUCAGCUCUUAGAGAAGACGCCACAUCCAACCUUUAUUCAUCAGACCUGGAAUCGAUUACCAACAAAUCGAGCGGUCAAGAAUCUGUUAAAGGAGCCACAGGCUGAUUUUGAAAAGCCAUGGCUAGACUUUGAUAAAGUAUGGCCUCAUUUUGUUCGCUGUGCGAGUGAUGCUCGUGCUGGGCAUUUCGUGUGUGUGCUCGAUGCCGUGGAUGAGUGUGACCCAAGUGAAAGGAGACGACUCCUUCGAGCAUUGGGUCAGUUCUAUUCGGUAAUAUCGAACCAGUCAAGCCGAAACCCUCGGUCAGUUGUGAAAUUCUUUGUCACCAGCCGCCAGUUAAAAGGUACCUUGGCGCAGGACUUUGAGGGAUUUCGAGAUGCAGCUGGUACUACGCUUACAACUUUGGAUGCGGAUGGGCUGGCUCAUCUGAUUUACCUAGAUAUGACACUAUUUGUCCAAGUCACUCUCGAUGGCAUUCCUAGCGAAUAUCAGAAGCGUGUGGAAGAAAUUCUACAUGGCAAUAAAAAGAAGACUUGGAUGUGGCUGCGAGCAGCGACUAGCCUGAUUCUGAACGCUCUCAGAGAGGAUAGAGAUGAACCUCUGGCAUUCUCAGGCAUUGGUGUUCUACUGGAGGACUUUCCUAUGGAUAUCCACGAUGUCUAUGAAAAGACACUGAACAUGGCGAGCGCUAAAUGGGGCACUGCAAUGGUCGAGAAGAUGCUUCGUAUCCUUCUGGCUGCGCAGCGGCCUCUAUCACUUUCAGAGCUCUUUCUGGCCGGCGAGCUUAGCGACUCUGAUCAAAAUGCAGCCAUAUCCCCCGAGCAUCGACUCUCCUACUGGUGUUUAGCCGAACGGCACCCUGAACGAAAAGGCUUGGUUAUGGGGCUGUUGGAUGGAGUUUUACUGAGGAACAGGGCAACAGUGAUUCUGAUUCACAAAUCGACUAGAGACUUCCUCCUCCAGAAAACCAAGGAUCAAUCUUACUUGUUGGUCAAAUCAACACCCUCUUGGCAGAACAGUAUUGAUAUGGCCGCUGGACAUGAAAUGCUCACUCGAGCAUGUCUUUCAUUCCUUCUUACCCUGAAAAUGAGGUUUUACGUGCAUUACAGCGAACACAGGUUUAAAAAGCCCAAAAUACAGAGGAAUAUGCGACGCGAGGAACGCAAAUCUCCAUUCCUGCGAUACGCUGCGCAAUACUGGCCAACUCAUUACAGCAACCUGUCCAAAUUUGCCGCGGAAACCUUUCUUGAUGCGGUCAGAGUGCUGUGCACGGGGCAUGGCCCGGAGAGAAAUAACUGGAUGUAUCUGUAUAGUGGGUAUGGAGGGUGGUGGUGGAGUGAUAUCGACGUUGUUGCGCAUCUUGGCAUUGUCUCUUUGGUGGGAGAGAUACUCGGCAAGAUGCGAGACACCGAUGAUAGACGAACCGGGGCCAGAGAUCCGGAUUCAUGGCAUAAGUGGCCGUGGAGAGGCAUAUGCCCUUUAUACAAAGCCGUGAAGUGGGGAGACAUUAAAGCCACACGAAUACUGUUCGAUCACGGCUUCAUUCUGCGAAAAGGCUGUGAAUGCGAGCGGUCCCUGACAACUGCGGCUGGAAAUGGAGACACUGAGCUGGUUCAGUUGCUCUUGAAUCAAGGCGCGAAUAUCAAUUCCGAGAGCGAGUUUCGUGGUACUGCUCUGGCGGAUGCAUGUCACAAUGGUCACGAGGACGUGGUGAAGCUCCUCCUCGAUCGAGGCGUUGAGGUCAACAUCGGGGUAAGCAACAUCGGCCUUGCUUCGAGGAAUCCACUUGAAGCAGCUGCGUACGGAGGGCAUUUAGGGAUUGUCAAGAGACUGUUAGAGCAUGGCAUCCACGUCCACUCCCAUGGAACCCGGGCACUCUGGGAAGCAGCUGGUGAAGGACAUGAGGAAAUUGUAUGUCUUUUGCUGGAGAAAGGUGUGACGCCCGACGUGCACUACAACAGUCGAUCUGGUAGUGCACUUUGCAGGGCUAUACGUUACGGGCAUAAACGGGUCGUGCAAAUGCUUCUUGAGUAUGGAGCGGGAGUCUUUGAAAAUGAGAUGAAGGAAGCGUUGUCGAAGAGGAACAACGAAAUUGCAGAGAUGUUGCUUGAUCCGUACAUCUCUUCGCUAUUUAGUUGA